AUGAGCACGUGGAAAGAGGAGGAGGAGGAGGAGGAGGAGCGGGUGCUUCCCUGGCCGUCCUCUCCAAGGGCGCCGGCCAAGGGAGCCGCGCGCGACGCGGCGGGCCACUGGCCGCCCAGCACCGAGGCGGGUGCGGCCAGGAACGGCUGCUCGGCGUGCCGUGGAGACGGCUCCGGCGGCACGCAGUGCUCUGCACGCGCAGAGCGUGCCGCUGAGAUUCGCGGGACGGGCGGUUGGGGAAACCUCGAAGCUCGAGCAGCCCCUGUUCCUGACCGCAAUUGGUGCCGAUUGGCGCGGCGGGAGGCGCGCGACGGGGCAGGCCCAGGCGAAAGAGGGGGCAAAACUCGCCCGACCUUAACGCUGGGCUGGCGCCGCCGGCGACCCUGCUCGGGGAACGGGAGGCUAGACCGCCCGCAGCCGCCCGCAGCCGCCCGCCGCGAGCGGGGCCGGCGCGUCGCGGGGCCGCGGAGCCAGAGGUGCAGAGGGAGAGGGGCGCGCAAGCAUAUGCGUCCAGGGAGCAGAGCAAUAGGAGCGUGGCGCGGAUUGACAGGCACCCUCCGAGUUUGA